CUCACCAUUCCCUGAUCUGCAGCCGCUGUUAAACACAAGAAGUGGAUAAUGCUAGCAGCUUGAGGAUGGGUACCCAAGUGAAGGACGUCAUCGUGAAGCCGGACGCUCCCAGCUCCCUGAUGCUGGACAAGCACGCGGACUACAUCGCUGCCUAUGGCGCCAAGAAGGACGACUAUGAGUACACGCUGUCGGAGUACCUGAGGAUGAGUGGGAUCUACUGGGGUCUGACGGUGAUGGACCUGAUGGGUCAGCUGCCUCGCAUGAACCAGGAGGAGAUCACGGACUUCAUCAAGUCCUGUCAGCACGAGUGUGGAGGCAUCAGCGCCAGCAUCGGACACGACCCCCACCUGCUGUACACGCUCAGCGCCGUCCAGAUCUUGUCUCUAUACGAUAACGUGGACGCGAUCGACGUGGACAAAGUGGUGGAGUACGUGAAAGGGCUGCAGCAGGAAGACGGCUCGUUUGCAGGAGACAAAUGGGGAGAAAUCGACACAAGGUUUUCCUUCUGUGCUGUGGCAACACUGGCACUACUGGGCAAGAUGGACAAAAUAAACGUGGACAAAGCCGUUGAGUUCAUCUUAAGCUGUAUGAACUUUGAUGGAGGUUUUGGCUGCAGACCUGGUUCAGAGUCUCACGCUGGUCAGAUUUACUGCUGCACCGGCUUCCUGUCGCUCACCGGGCAGCUGCACCAGGUGAAGGCCGACCUGCUGGGCUGGUGGCUCUGCGAGAGGCAGCUGAAGUCCGGAGGCCUUAACGGACGACCUGAGAAGCUUCCUGACGUGUGCUACUCAUGGUGGGUGCUGGCGUCACUGAAGAUCAUUGGCAGGAUUCACUGGAUCGACAAGGCCAAGCUGCGAGCGUUCAUCCUGGCCUGCCAGGACGAGGAGACGGGGGGGUUCGCUGAUAGACCAGGAGACAUGGUGGAUCCCUUCCACACUCUGUUCGGAGUCGCAGGUCUCUCCCUCCUCGGGGACGAGCUGAUCAAGCCGGUGAAUCCAGUGCUGUGUAUGCCCGAGGACGUGCUGCAGAGAGUCGGCCUGAAGCCUGACCUCCUGAGCUAGCACAGCUCCCCAACAUCACACACUCACACAGGCACGCACGCACACACACACACACACACACACACACACACACACACACACACACACACACACACACACACACACACACACACUGCCCUGCUGAGCACAGCCACCCCCCCUGCUGGAUGUCAGGAGCAGAGAGAGGACCACCACACAUCCUAGUCCACAUUUCACACACAGGCUUCUGACUCUGCUCACGAAGGAGAAGGUGUGAAAGUCUCUGAGCUUUCCUGUCUUCAAACCCUCAACCACUCCAUUCAUCCAUUCACGUCAGGGUUCUUCGGGGUCGCUGCAAGAAAAUGAUGAAUUUGAGAAAUGGUCUUAGACGGAGAUGUAACCUUUUUGUUAUGAAAAAGGCCUGGAACUCAUUAAACAACAUUCCUUAACUUUUGUUCGUUAUGUCAGUUUGAAUGAAAACUUCUCUGUGGCCCAGGAAACAGGUGUGGGAAUGUUUCAGCCUCUUUCUUGCUCUCGUCACCUUUUCAUCAAACCAAGGAGGUUAUUACUGUCAUUAUUUGUUUAUCUGACCAGAGGGAGAGACGCUGCUUCUCCUUCCUCCUCCGUUCUGCUCGGACUGAGGUAGAUUCAGUUUUCACUCGAUAGUUUUGCACAUUUAACCUUGAUGGAGUUGACAGAUCAGACGAGUUCAGCUCAAAGGUUCAAGUUAGGUUUUCUGUUGGGUUUUGGAUUAAAGGCGUCAUCUCUUCUUCCCCAGGACAACCUGUUCCUAAUUAAAUAACCUGGGCAAACUAUUAACUUUCUUCUCCUUAUCGUAGAGCAGUCAAAUCCACAAUGUGCUCCAGGUUGUAAUGGAUUCUCCCUUGAGUCGGUCCCCUCACCACAGAAUCUCACAGAAACCAGCUCAGUAGACUUUGAGUCAUCCUGUCAUAGCGGAGAUAAUCACGCGUCUCACAGCUGGAAGUACAACAAUGGGACAUGUUAGAAAAAUAACAACAGUUCUGUUCAUGUCAUUGUGAUAAUAAUAAGAAACUCUACAGGACAGAGAGAUUGUUACUUAGGAAAGCGUUGGAGGAGGGAGACAGGAGGAGCUGGAACACAUGAUGGUGUCUCAUCAUGGGAUCGUUUAAUGUCUUAUCCACAGGCUCAGCUGAAUUAAAUCCACGUGGAUCAGUGCCGGGUUGUGUUGCCGCUCUGGGCAGAGGGCUGCGUUUGUCUUCACUCUGUGUGUAGAGGAUUUCCAGUCUUAUGUUUUGAAAUAUUUAACAUUUAUGAGCUUUGUCAAACUUGUUGAUUUGCACUCGGACGUCCCUGUUGUUGCGAACAGGAAGUGAAUCCGAUAUUAAAGCUUCAGUUCCACUAUUUAACAUUUCUCAGCCUUGUGUAAACAUUGAAUUCAUGAUUUAAUCACAUUAUGAGGUUGGUUAACACCAAUCAGAGGAGGUUUACUGGAUAAUAAAUGACAACACAGUGAAACACUGGUGUAAUAACAUGAAAUGUCUUCAUAGAAGUUAUACAUGUUGUGUUUAUGACUAACAAUCAUACAUCUAAAGUGUUAUAAACUCUGUUAAACGCCUGACUGAUAAAUAUUAUUGUGUUUUUUCGUUGCUA